CCAACAGACGCAUGAAUGCUUCCUCCGGCGCCGCCUGUCGCGGUGCCCGAAUUCAGCAAAAUCAUGCCACUUGUACUGUCGGUUGCAGAGCUCAAAACAACAUCUCCGCUCACCGCUGGGCCAGUACCAACGCCACUUAGCAGCAUGACGUUCCCACCACCACCGGCAGAGCCUGCACCUCCUGUCAACUCGACAUUCCCGCCAAGUGUACCGGCUCCGCCGGUGAUAAAUGUUUUGCCACCAGCAGCGACGCUGCUAGCGCCAGCAGUCAAUGAAAUGACUCCACCAACGCCUACUAUACCGCUUCCCACAGUAGCAGAAAUACUGCCACCAGUACCACCCGACGUUGAAGAUCCACUGUUAAUCGACACCGCACCAGCGCUACCACCAGUGGAAGCGCUCGAACCGAUGGUGACGGUCCCAGAUGCCCCCGCCGUCGAAGUACCACUGGUCAACGAAAUGGGGCCGCCAACGACGCCAGCUCCUCCAGUCACUGUCACGGUACCACCAGUGCCCGUGGUCCCGGCACCAACCGACAAGUUGAUCGCACCUCCCGGUCCGGCAGUUCCAGCGCCAGUCUUCAACUGA